AUGAACAGCAAAGGCCAAUAUCCAGCACAGUACCCUGUGCAGUCUCCUGGGAAUCCAGUACCUCAGACCUUGCAUCUUCCUCAGGCUCCACCCUACACUGAUGCUCCACCCACCUACUCAGAGCCUCCCCCUCCUGGAUGCCCACCCAAUGCUGCUCAGCUAGCAGCCAAGCAGGGAGCCAGCGUUCUCGUAACUCAGGGGAAGGGAAACUUCUUCAUGAGCGGCUCAGAGGGUGGCUACACCAUCUGGGGAGGAAGCGAGGCCACCUCGGUGCCGGGAAAGACUUAUGCACCUUCAGCACUCCUCACAACGUAA